CUCGUAACGAGCGAGCUACUGCGUUGGUGUCGCUGCGAUCGUUACUAGGAAAGGAGAAGGUAGAGAAAGAAAGAAAGAGAGAGAGAGACGAGCACAUAAAUUAUUAUAGUAUAUACUUAUCUAUUUUAUACUUUCUUUUGUAGUGUAAUUAUAAUAAUAAUAUAGUAGUACAGUAAUUACUGAAAACCGUGAAAUAGUGUUUCAAAAAAAAAAGAAUGAAACGCUUUUUCCCGUGGGAAAGUGGCACUUUAUUUUCAAAAAUGUUAAUGGUAGGUUCACUCCUUUAUGUACUCUGUGAAAAAAACAACACAUUUCUUGGUGUUAAAACUCUAUGUUUCGACAUGCUCCUAUUUCGUACAGUGCUAACAGUAUUCAUUGCUUCAAUCUUUGAAGUUGAUGCAGCACAAAAACCAAAUAUAAUCCUAUUUUUAACAGACGACCAGGAUAUCCUGUUAGAUAGUAUGGUGGCUCUAAAGAAUGUUCGCAGACUGAUCAAUGACGAAGGAAUUACAUUUCAAAAUGCGUUUGUUAAUUCUCCUAUAUGCUGUCCAAGCCGUAGUACAAUCCUUACGGGGAAACACUUACACAAUAUCAUGGUUACAAAUAACUCACUUGCUGGUAACUGUUCCAGUCGAGAGUGGCAGAAAAACUUCGAACCACACUCGUUUGUAUCACUGCUAAAAAACGAAGCGAAUUACACCACAUUUUACGCAGGAAAAUAUUUAAAUAGGUAUGGGGACAAAGAUUGUGGUGGGGCUGAGCAUGUACCCGCCGGUUACGAUUGGUGGUUGGGUUUGCACGGCAACUCUAGGUAUUACAACUAUACUCUAUCUGUAAAUGGGACUGCUAAACACUUUGGAGAUGAAUACUUGACGGAUGUCAUGAAAGUGUACGCCCUGUCAUUUCUAAAUCGGCAACAGACACUUAAAGAUCCAUUCUUUAUGAUGCUCUCGACACCUGCAGCACAUGCUCCUUUCACCCCGGCAGCACGGCAUGCAAAGAAAUUUCCGGGGAUGAAAGCAUUACGAACACCUUCCUUUAACUACUCAGACACCAAUCGCCAUUGGCUCCUACGGUUACCACCACGGUAUUUACCAUCAGACAUAUCACUUCUUGAUGACAUACAAAGGCAUCGAAUGCAAACUUUACUCGCCGUUGAUGAGAUGGUUGCUGCAAUUGUGGGCAAACUGGAGAAAUUAGGAGUUAUAAAUAACACCUACAUCUUAUUCACGUCGGAUAAUGGAUUUCACAUUGGGCAAUUUGUACAACCUUGGGAUAAAAGGCAGCCCUACGAGACUGAUAUUAAGGUUCCAUUAUCAAUGAGGGGCCCACUGAUUACACCAAACCAAACUUCCCAGUUGGCUAUUGCUUCGGUCGACUUAGGGCCGACAAUACUCAGCAUGGCUGGUGUUAAUAUUCCACAAGACAUGGAUGGGGUCAGUUUCUACAAGGAUGCUCUAAAAAAUUCAGAGCUAAGGGAACGAAAUAUUCUAAUCGAGUAUUAUGGUGAGAGCGAUUCGGAGACUGUGGAUGUGAGCUGUUUCAGUAGAGAAGACAGCAAACAGUUAAGUUAUUGUGUUCAAUCCAACUGGUGUAAAUGCGAAGAUGCUCGUAAUAACACGUAUGCGUGUGUCCGAAGGGUGUCAGCAAGUGUAGAUUUCAAGUUCUGCCAAUUUUAUGACAGAGAGAACUUUAUAGAGGCGUACAAUUUGCGAUCAGAUCCGUACGAGUUACACAACAUAUAUAUUGAGAUGAAACCAGAACAACAAGGCAAUUACAGUGCUACAUUGAACCAACUGUUAAGGUGCACCGGCAUAGAGUGUCGAAGUUUAUCCAAAGAUGUCAUGAAAAGUGGUACCAUUGUAACCGACGUCUCCAGUUGAAGCAUUGGUGAAUGUGAUGUACAUACUACAAUUACAAUAUUAUCGCUCUGCAUUUUUUUUUACAAAAACAUACCGAUCAAGUGGAAUGUUUAGUUCUUUGUUCACCAAUUCGAAUAUACAUUCAGAAUGUUU